UAAAAAAUAUUUAAAUAAAAAUAAAAAAAGUUUUUCUAUUUAUUUGAUGCCUUUUUAUCCUUUCUUCGCUGACCUAGACAAUAACCCGAUCGUCGAUUGUUUUUAAAUGGCCGACUGUUUAACAACAAUUUUGCAACGCAAACGAUUGUUUUGACUUUUAUCGUUGAAAAUAAUUAAUCUAUCAUCUGCCUUAUACAAAUAAUUUUGAUUAAUAUUAUUCUCUUGAAUAAUCUCAAUCAAACCAAUUAUCUUCAUUUUGGCCGUAUUCCAAAAUUUACGGUUAUUUUGGUGAUAGUGUUAACUACUGUUUUUUUUUUUUUUGUAUGUGAUUUGUUUUUUGGAUAUUGGAUAUUAUAGAGGUAAGUUCAUUUUUUAUAACUCAUUGUAUAUGCAUAAUAUAUAUAUUUUAUUUUAUUUUUUAGAUCUGGGCUAGUAUCGUUUCAAAUAAAUUCAAUAUCUAAGAUUGGACAAAUAAUCAUCGUCCACACUAAUUCGUUUUUUCGUAUUUACUGCGUAAUUUUUUUAGUUUUUUUUUCAGGUUUUCACGGAUCCAGUCAUGGGUAAACGGAAGAAGCCAGGAUUAUUCCCAAAUCAGCCUCAAAAACUAAAACCUUGGAGUGCGGAAACGAAAAAUAAAACAGGAAGAAGCUUCAAUUCUCAGAUGCAGGGAGCUAUUUAUUCGCUGUACAAAUUUAUGAAAGAAGAAGCUGACAAUAAGGGUCCAAUGAUUCCUCUCAGUCAAGUCAGAAAUCGAGUAGCUAGAGCUUUAGAGAUUUCAACCAGGUCUGUAACAAAGUAUGUCAACAUUGGACGCUCUGGUGCAGACUUUGACACUCCUGGGAAAAAACGACCAAGGAAAAAAGUCAAACGAGAUGUUCAUGAAUCUAUCAAAAACGACAUUCGUAAUACUAUUUACGAACUUUGCAAGCAACAGACCGAAAUAUUUCUUUUAAUGGACAGAGAGAAACGCUUCGCAGAGUUUUACACGAUAUUGGCUUUACCUACAAACGUCGUAAUGGCAUUUAUUACCUUAUCGAAAGGCCGGAUAUUGUAAGUAAACGUCAGCGUU